AUGUGGUCAUGUCGAGCUUAUGUCGUUCAUGCACUCUGUUCAAUUUUUGAAUUUCAUUUGCAACUGCAUAACUCAGUUUUGUUGUAGUUGAGAUGGUGCGACAGUGCUCAAUUAGCAGUUGGCACCCAUCUUCUCAUCUAAAAGUUAUACAACUUUUUUUCACAUCACAUAUGCAUGCAUUACACUAAUGAAUUCAAGUGGAUUGCCAAGGAUGUAAUAGCCAGUAGAGAAUAGCAAACCACUUUCUUAAUUUCCUUCCUACUAUUCCUUUGAGAAUAUACAAAAAGUAAGGGUUUUCAACCUUUAUAGACUAAUCAUAGAGUACUAUCAUUCUGAUGGUACAUUAGUAUCUCCUAGGCAAAUAUUGGUCCCCUUUAUACAUAGCUAGGUAACCUAGGUUGAAGCCUAAAUACACUUGCUGGAACUGUCUAUUUUUAUCUUUGACUAAUUAUAUGGAUUUACCCUUGUAAACUAGUACACUUGUUUGUAUUAUAUGGAUUACACAAAAGCUUUUUUUUUCUUUGUUUCCUUGUUUUGCCUUUUAAUCCACCUCGUGGUUUUCCUGCAGGGUUACCUUGAUGAACAAUUUAAUCAGUUGGAAGAACUGCAGGAUGAAUCAAGCCCCAAUUUUGUUGAGGAAGUUGCUGCUCUCUUCUUCAAAGAUUCAUCCAGACUGUUGACAAACAUAGAACAAGCAAUUGAUAAAUACCCACAGGAUUUCUACAGGUUAGAUUCUCUCAUGCACCAGCUCAAAGGCAGCGGAUCCAGCAUUGGCGCACUGAGGAUGAAGAACGAGUGCUCUGUGUUCAAAGCAAACUGCAAUGACAGGAAUCUGGAAGGAUGCCGCAGGUCUCUUCAGAAGAUGAAGAGGGAGCAUGCCACUCUGAAGCAGAAGCUGGAAUCAUAUUUUCAGUUACUGAGGCAAGUUGGUCCCAGUGAAUAUGCAGUGAGCUCAAGGAAGUAAAAAGAAUGCCAUGGAAGGCAGUCACAAGGAAAAUAAUGAAGAACAUAUACAUAGCAGCUAUAUCAGUCUCCUGAAAAUAUUAUCACUGAAAAGUUUUUGCCUAUCAGCUAAUGCUUAAUACUGCCCUUUUGUUGUGUGUGGGUUGCAUCUGUAGCUCCAUAUGUACUGUAUGAAGUAUGUAAGCCUGUGCUCUCCUUGCAUGUCUGCAGAGAGUGCCAUGAACUUGUGUUGUUAGCCAAUGACUGUAGCAGGAAGUGUCAUGAUACUAAUAUGAGCUUUUAAUAUUUGAAACUACCCAUGUGUAGACUAGUUUUUUGGGGCUAACUUAUUUGGCCAUGAGCCAUCAUGGAAAACUUUGUACCCUCAACAGGCACUUUAGUCACGUACUCACAUUGUUAAUAAUGCCCCAAGGCCAAGAUCCAAAAUGGGGUCCAGGUUCGAGAUGCAUAAUACUC